AUGGCUCUGCGGCUUUUUUCAUGGAUGUCGCUGGCCGCGGCGUGGCAAGGCUCGUGGGCAUGGGAAGUCACCUCCGGGCUUUGCAGUGUCGGCGAUGAUGGAUGCAUCGUCAGCACGAAUUUUCCGAAUGAGUACCCCAAUGACGACACCUGCGUCAUCGAGGUCGAACCUGGUGAAGGGAAGUCCUUGGAGGUGUUGGCUUUCUCAACGGAAGCUGGUCGAGACACGGUGCAAGUGAAUGGCAUCGACUUCUCCGGCACGGAAGGCCCGGAGGGCCUGGUACCAGCAGGAUCCAUCUUGUGGCGUUCAGAUGGCCUUAGGAAGGGCUCCGGCUGGAAGCUUUGCCUUCGUGAGAAGCCUCCCCUAUCACGCCUGCUCCAGAGUGGUGCAUCCAACUUUUCGCAAGUGGCCUGCGACUUCGAGGUGGACUUCUGCUCUUGGCAGAUGCUCAGCGGCCAUCCGUGGCUGGCAUUCUCAGGUCCAACUCCUACGGCACUCACUGGACCAGAUGCAGCGUUCGAGGGCAACCGGUACGUCUAUGCAGAAACUGAUUUGCUCGACUCUUCUUCCUCACCUUCAUAUACUUAUGGCUACGGCUAUGGCUAUGGCUAUGGCUAUGGCUAUGGCUACGGGCAGACUGGCGCUGGGCCGACGGAGAUCGCGCCGGAGUUCAUCCUAUCCAGCCAUGUCUUCGUGCCAUCGUCGGCGUCCAGGUACCUGCACUUCUCCUACCACAUGCGUGGCUACGACAUCCAGUCCCUGCGGCUUGAAGGCUGGGAAGAUGGUUGGACGCCGCUUUGGAGUCGUCAGGGGCCGCAAGGCUCUUCAUGGGGCAUCGGUUUAGUCAGUGUGCCGCCCAAUGUGGUGGCACUGCGGUUCGUCAGUGACAUGCGCAAUCUCUUUUUGGGCCAGUAUGGCCUGUGGCUCAGUGACAUGGCCUUGGACGCCAUCGGCACCGGUGUGCCGACUGUGGACUUCAAUCAGCUCUCAUGCAAUUUCGAGUUCGACGUGUGCCUGUGGCUCAACACAGGCAAUUCCGCAUGGCAGCGCGUGACUUCAGAUGGGGCAGACUGGUCUCUCGAAGCCGCAACCACAUCGGAGACCCAGCAAUUCAUCCUGGAGACAUUGGCAGCAUUCAACAUCACAGAGGAGAAAGCCUUGAUCUUCGACUUCCAGCUCUUUGGCUCAAUCUCGGCGUCAUUGAAAGUGGAGCGGAAGACGACGGAAACAGACUGGCAGAGCCUGUUCACAGACUCGGGCGGUCGUGAUGAUGCCAUGUGGCGCCCAGCACUUGUUCGUGUCCCGCCAGGCACUGUGGCCCUCCGCGUGUCAGCUGUGGGAGCUGCAGGGGAUGUCGUGCGUUUGCAGUCUUUGCAAGCAGUGGACGUGGUUCCAAGCGUCGCGCAUGUCACUUGCAGCUUUGAGGCAGAUCUGUGUGGCUGGUCCACGGCCGGGGGACUUCCGUGGCUACGAGAAACUUCCUCGAUAUGGACGAAUACUGGGCCGCAGCAGGCAGCCGACAAUGGCCUGUGGUACAUCUACGCACCAGCUUGGCAGCCCACUCAGCCAAACUAUAACAAGGACUUUGUCCUCACAAGCCCUGUCUUCGGGCCGGCAGCCACAUCCACCAGAGAAUUCCAUUUUUCAUACAACAUGUAUGGGGUUUCCAUGGGGAGCCUGCGCUUGGAAAGUUGGGCAGCAGGAAACUGGACGCCUUUGUGGACCCGUCAGGGCGAUCAGGGCAUGCAGUGGGGCAUGAGUCUCGUUAGACUUCCAUCGGAUUCUGAAUCCCUGCGCUUCGUCGCGGUCAUCGGAAACUCUGACAGCAGUGAUAUGGCCCUCGACGCCAUUGGCGUCGGGCUGCCAAGUGUGAGCAUUCGGCAACUUUCCUGCCGCUUCUUGCUCGACAAGUGCCUCUGGGUCGAUUCGGGUGAGACUUCGUGGCGUCACGCCAUGGGGGAUGCCGGAGCCUGGCUGGAAGCAGGGACGAAUUCAUCAGAAGCUGAAGAGCACUUCGUGCUGCAGAGCUCAUGGAUCAAUAGCCAAAGGGAGGCCGUUUUGCUCAUGGAGUACUGGUUGUCUGGCUCAAACCAGGCAGCAGUGGCGGUGGAGUGGACAUCGGCUGUACCGGCUGGCUGGCUGAGUCUCUUUCUGGAGUCUGGUGACUCUGGUGACCUUUGGCACCAAGCAGUGCUCACUGUUCCUGCAAGCGCUGUGGCCCUGCGAGUGUCGGCCAAUGUUACCGCUGGAGACACCGUGCGCGUGCGCGAGCUGUGGGCAGAGGAGAUGAGAAACUGGUCGGAGAUUGCUUGCAGCUUCGAAGUUGACUUUUGCUCCUGGUCCAACCGCGGCUUGCGGCACUGGCUUCGAGCAUCAGGACCGACACCUUCGGCGUCCACAGGCCCUGAAACAGCAUAUGAGGGCAACUGGUACGUUUACACUGAGUCCGACUUCCAGUUUCAUCAGGACUUCAUUCUACAAACCGCCUUCGAACCUUCAGCCGAAGCCAGGCAUCUGCACUUCUCCUACCACAUGCGUGGUUACGACAUCCACGCACUGCGGCUUGAAGGCUGGGAAGAUGGUUGGUGGACGCAGCUUUGGUCUCGUCACUGGCCACAAGGUUCUUCAUGGGGCAUCGCUGUCGUCAGUGUGCCGCCCAACGCCACAGCGCUACGCUUUGUGGGAAGCACUGGUUUGCUCCCUGAAGCCCAACAGCUCGGUGUGUCGACAAGCGACGUGGCCUUGGACGCCAUCGGCACCGGUGUGCCGACUGUGGACUUCAAUCAGCUCUCAUGCAAUUUCGAGUUCGACGUGUGCCUGUGGCUCAGUACAGGCAAUUCCUCAUGGCAGCGUGUGAAGUCGGAUGGGGCAGACUGGUGGCUGGAAGCCGCAAACACGUCGGGGACCCAGCACUUCAUCCUGGAGACAUUGGCAGCAUUCAACAUCACAGAGGAGAAAGCCUUGAUCUUCGACUAUCAGCUCUUUGGCUCAAUCUCGGUGUCAUUGACAGUGGAGCGGAAGACGACGGAAACAGACUGGCAGAGCCUGUUCACAGACUCGGGCGGUCGUGAUGAUGCCAUGUGGCGCCCAGCUCUUGUUCGUGUCCCGCCAGGCACUGUGGCCCUCCGCGUGUCAGCUGUGGCAGUUGAAGGGGAUGUCGUGCGUUUGCAGUCCCUGCAAGCAGUGGAUGUGGUGCCAAGUCUCGUACAUGUCACUUGCGUCUUCCUGACAGAUCUUUGUGGCUGGUCCUCCAGCGGGUCACCUCCAUGGCUUCGGCGUUCGUCGACUUUUUGGACGAAUGCAAACAUCGGACCAGAAGAGGCAUUCAUUGGCGGGUGGUACAUACACACGCCGGCCGUGCUGAUCACAGUGGAGAACGAUUCCUUCCGAUACUUAGAGAGAUUCAACGAGGACUUCGUCCUCUUGAGCCCCGUCUUCGGCUCGUCUUCAGUGGUCAGGUAUUUUUCUUUCGUGAGCGCGAUGUACCGCCAGGGCCAAGGGAGCCUGCGGCUCGAAAGCUGGAGCAACAACACGUGGACAGAGCUGUGGGCGAGUAGGCCAGAUCACGAGACGACGUGGACAUGGUCGCUUGUGAGGCUACCCCCUGAAGUUGAGGCCUUGCGCUUCAUUGGGGUCACUGGCAGCGUUCUGGACAGUGACAUGGCCCUGGACACAGUCUACGGGGGAAUCCCAACCCUAACGUUUGACAACCAUAUCCCUUGCGAUUUCGAGUGGGAUGGCAGUUGUUUUUGGCUUGACUUUGGUGUCACUGCCACAUGGCGGCGUACCAAUGUGCAAGCCCAAAGCACAUGUCAGGUGACGGCUGAAAGUGCGGAUUCAGGGGACUGGUGGCUUGAAGCUUCAGGGAGUUCCCAAGCACCUUUCAUCUUGGAGACUGCACCUUUCACCAGCAUGCUCGUUGAGAUGAAGGCCCUGGAAUUUGCGUAUCAGCUGGUGGGUUCAGUGUCAUUGGAGGUGGAGAUGCAGACCGCUGCAGGCUGGCAGAGCCUUUUUCUGGAGUCGGGCGGCGGCGAUGCCACGUGGCGCAGGGGCUAUGUCCAUUUGCCUGCAGGUACCACGGGCAUUCGUUUCGUGGCUCGAACGACAGCCUUGCAGGAUGUGGUCAAACUCGACUCAAUCUCGCCAGUGAAGCCAACAUCCCCCGUUCCGCGAUUGGAGGAUAUCAGCUGCGACUUUGAGGACCCCCUGUUUUGCGGAUGGUCGGGUGACACCCGCUGGCGCUACCAUAGUGGUCCCAGCGACGGUUUCAAUUUCGGUACGGGCCCGGACAGGGCCUUCCGAGAGGACUUCUACGUGUACACCGAUUUCUUAGAGUCCAGAAAGCCAGGCACCUUCACCAGCCCCAGCUUCCCCAGACUGGCCACCGAGUGCUACCUCGAGUUUGCGUGCCAUAUGCUUGGGAGUGGCAUUGGUGACCUGAAGCUCCAGUAUCUCGCAGGAAGCACUUGGUGGACGCUAUGGUCCCGAACAGGCUCCCAGGGCUCAGACUGGUUUCAGAUCAAGGUGAUGCUGCCGAUUGGCACGGAAAUGCUGCGCUUCAGGACUUCCAACACGUUAAACGCGGAUUCCCACAUAGCCCUGGAUGCACUAGUUACCUGGCAGCCUGAAUCCUCCUCACGGUUCCUGUCCCUCGCAUCCGGUGGCUACCACAAUUGCGCGCUUCACAGAGCCUCUGGCGAAGUGAAGUGCUGGGGCGAUGGGAAUCAUGGGCGUUUGGGCCGUGGUAGCGAUGAGUCGGUGGGCACAGGCCCUGAGCAAAUGGGCGCAUGGCUGCCACCUGUGGACCUGGGCGAGGGUGCCCGAGCCACGCAGAUUUCUUGUGGCUAUUAUCAUACCUGCGCAGUGCUUGAAGGCCACACAAGGACCGUCGGGGAUUCCCCGGGCGAGAUGGGAGAGAACCUGCCUGUGGCGGACCUAGGCAGCGAUGCAGACAUCAAGCAGGUCGUCCUUGGCAAUCGUUACACCUGCGUUCUUCUUGAUGGCGGGAUUGUGAAGUGUUUCGGGCGAGCCCCUGGUUAUGGAGAUUUGGUUGGCCGUGGCUCGAUUCCGGGCCAGAUGGGGGAGAACCUCCCGGCCAUCGACCUUGGCACGGACUUCGACGUGGUGCAGCUGACGUCAGGCGAGGAUCACACUUGCGCAUUAUCCCGCCAGGGUAAUGUGAAGUGCUGGGGUCUUUUCGAUGCACGCCUCGGGCUCGGACGCCGGGCCGACUAUCAACUUGGUGGCUUUUCUGCUAGCGAGAUGGGAGACCGCCUGCCUGCCCUGGAUUUGGGACCUGCGGUGCAACUUGAUGCCGGGUGGUGGCACACCUGUGCCUUGCUGGCCAAUGGCUUCGUGCGGUGUUGGGGCUGGAACGAGAACGGGGAGCUGGGCCAUGGCGGCACAGAACGUUUCGGCGAUGAGCCAGGCGAGAUGGGCGACAGCCUUCCCUUCACACGGCUGGGAGAUGGACUGAUGGCUGUUCGGGUUGCGGCUGGCGGUUCUCACGGUUGCGCUUUGCUGCAAGAUGCGUCUGUAAAAUGCUGGGGCUGGGGAGUGAACGGCCAGCUUGGCCAGGGUAGCACUGAAACUUUAGGCGACGAGCCUUGGGAGAUGGGCAAUGCGCUGCGCUCUGUCAAUCUGGCUAACCGCAGAGUGCUGGACUUGAGUCUUGGAUUUGCGCACACUUGCGUGCUGCUGGACGAUGACAGCACGAGGUGCUGGGGAUCCAACUCUGUUGGCGACUUGGGCAUCGGUACCACAACCAACGUCGGCGCGAUAGCUGGUCAGAUGGGCACAGCGCUGCUAGCCACAGAGCUUUUCCCUGUGAUGCCUGGCGCUGAGCUUGAAGGUUUCAUCUUGACGGGCGAUGGCAGUCUCCACGUCCAGUACAAUGGCUCCCUUGGGCUCGUCUGCGACGACGGCUUCGAUGAGGCCGCCGCGCGUAUCGCCUGUCGGGACUUGGGCAUGGCCGGGGGCGUCGCCUUUUCAAGCCCUGUAGAAACCGGCGAUAUCUUUGCAGACAACGUGCGGUGCCUGGGCAGCGAAGUAAGCCUGCGACAGUGCCGUUUCCGAGGGUGGCAUCUGCACGACUGCACCCCGCAAGAAGCCGUAGGACUCCAGUGUGAGAUGGAUGCAUGGAGCGACUACACAGUUGCCGGGCCUGCUGAGCGACAGGACCACUCCAUGGUCUGGGACCAGAAGACGCAGUCCACGGUGAUGUUCGGUGGCCAUGCCUCCAGCGCUUUUCUCUACUACGCUGACCUUUGGAUCUACCGCUGGAAUCUGAGAACCUGGACGCAGAUCUUGGCCCAAGACCAAGGGCCCGGCACCAGAUCAGGCCACGUGGCCGUUUGGGAUGCAGUGUCAAAAUCCAUGUUGGUUUUUGCAGGAAGGUACCUUGGCACCUUCUAUCAGGACAUCUGGCGCUUUUACCUCGAGACGAGCUUCUGGGCCAGGGUGUCGGUGACGCAAAACGUCCCCGCAGCCCGUGCUUACCAUUCGGCCAUCUGGGAUGACGAAGCACGGGCCAUGAUCAUUUACGCUGGGGGGGAUGGAGAGAACAGAGCAGCACUCCUGAACGAUCUCCAACGCUUCAGCUUGGACCAGGAGUCAUGGACAACCUUGGCAGAGGGGCCGGGGGCUCGAAGCAGACACACGGCUGUGUGGGAUGCUAUGACAAAGUCCAUGCUUGUCUUUGGCGGGUGGACUGGAGAGCAAUACUUGGCCGAACUGCACCGGUAUGACGCCUGGGCGAACACCUGGGAGGCACUUCUUGCCGGCUCAGGAUUCUGGCCCAGUCCUCGCGGCGGGCACUCUGCUGCCUGGGAUCCUGUGUCCAUGAGCAUGCUUGUUUUCGGCGGCAUCCAGAACACAACCUCCACCGACUCGACCGACUCGAGCCUCAGCUACGAUGCAAGACUCUUCAACUACACGCUUCUGACCGGUGUCUGGACGGAGGAGGGCCUGCGAGCCUCAGUCCCAGGUCCGAAAGGCCGCACCGGCCAGGCCACCGUUUGGGACCAGGAGUCUCGCGGACUUAUCUCCUUUGCCGGCUUCGACUCCUCCUACUUGAGUGAAACCUGGCGCUACGUGGUGAGCCAGACGCAGCCUCCGUUGCUGGCGAGGUGUCAUCUGGGCCAAGAGUGCGCACCAGCUCAAAAUGACAGCAUACUGGCUUCAGCGACUGCAAAGCAUCUCUGUUCCGAUCCCGAGGCCUUGGACACCCACGACGACUCGGGUGGCUUAGACAAUCACUCAGGUGCAUCACCCCUCUUCAUCGAGCCAGGACACCAUCGUUUCUGUGGGUGCGAUGCAAACUGCAGCCAUCCAGCAGAUUUUCAAAUUGACCUGGGCCACUUCAUUGUGGAAGGGCCCUACCUCAACCAGUCCGCUCAGUGCGACCUCGGCUCCGUGUGCAUCAUCUCCGAAUGGCGUGGAGUGGGCAUUGCGGUGAACGACAGCGUUAUUUUGCAAAGCAAGUGCAGGACCAAGGAGGCAUCUGCCCAUCAUCGCCGCGCCGACAUCUCCUUCAACGAGUCCAUGAGCUGGUUCGAGCUGCAUGUGGGCUUUUUGGACAACGGGAUCGGGCCCCAAGUUGUGGAGCUUUGCUGGUGCCCGGCUAGCCGGCCAUGUGCGUCUGCGCAGGAGUUUUUGGUCACGGCCCUGCAACUGCGUCUCGUUUGCCCACCUGGGCAGUAUGAGCUCUCUGAGGCAUGCCAGGCCUGUCCUGUGGAUCACUACUGUCCCGGCGGUGAGCAGGUCUACAGCUGCCCAGCCGCCAGCACGGCCCCGGCCGGCUCAAGCCAGCUCAGCGACUGCAAAUGCCUGAAAGGGCGCUACUGGGAUGCCGGCGCCUGCCGAAUCUGCCCUGCAGGAGCUACAGCCUUGACUUCCUGCACGUGCAUGCCGGGCUAUGUCAACAGCCAACCUGAAGAGCCUUCGGCAUGCGAAGAGUGUGGUCUCGGAUUUUUCUGCAUGGGCGGUACGCACAAGCAGCCCUGUGCCCCCUCUCAGACCACGGCGGGUCCUACAGCUGGUGAUGAAUCCCAGUGCCUGUGCAUGGCGGGCACCUUCCCCGAAGACGAUGGACAUUGUGUUCCUUGUGCAGUUGGCCAUUUCAAGGACAGCAUUGGCAAUGUGCCUUGCUCUGAGUGCGGCCCUGGAACGUUCAGCAACACCACAGGGGCCACCGAGGAGUGCAAAUGCAGUUAUGGCUACGGUUACGACGAUGCAGAAGCUGGCUGCAUAGCCUGCCCAGCAGGUGAGUACAAAGCAAGAGUGGGGAACCUCCGCUGCGACAGGUGCUCUGUUGACAAGUUGUCUGUGAAGGCUGCUACCUCGGCACUGGACUGCCUUUGCCGGCCGGGGACGACAGCAGAAGGUGAUGGCUGCCGUGACUGCUCACCAGGUCACUUUUGCAACGGCACUGGAGAGGAGCUGCACUGCCCGACGGGCUCAACUUCACCUGCUGGCUCAAGCGACGAGCUUGACUGCCUUUGCUUAGAAGGGCACUACAGCUUGCAGUCUGGCUCGCGGCUUAGCUGUGAACCGUGCCAAGCCGGGCGCUAUAAGCCCACAACUGCCAAUCAGCCAAUCUGCCCCUCUCAAUGCCCUACCAACUCCGACAGCCCAAACGCAUCCACGAGCCUGUCUAACUGCUCUUGUGUGGCUGGGUUUUAUGCAGAGCUUGAUGAAGACGGCUUCUUGGUACGUUGUGCCAGUUGCUUGUCCUUCACUCACCUGAGCUGUUCUGGCGGAUUUUACGAGCAGACAGACCGCCACCGCCUUCCCGUCGCACGACCUGGCUAUUUCCAAACGGCCCCCACCACCGCCAUCAAGUGCAACAUCGUUAUGGACGAUGAGCUUAGCGCUUGCCUGGGAGGCGGUUCGUGUGCAGACGUUAGUGCGGGACUAGAAUGCGUGGGGAAGUAUGGCAAUGUCUGCGCGGAAGGCUCCACGGGCUUCCUUUGCGGAGAGUGCCCGCUUGGUUGGGCGAGGAACUAUUGGAAAGAGCCCUGCAGAUUUUGCAUGCCAGCCAGCUGGCCGCUGAUCCUGUCAAUUCUAUUUGAUGUUGGCACGAAGGUGAUCCUAAACUUCGUCGUCGCAUCUUUGGCGGCCACGGCUGCAGUUCGUGGCAGUGGCAAGCUACAUGCCAUAAUGAUCCGCAUUGCUACACAGUGGUUGGCUGCCUGCUCCGUCGUCGCGACCUUGGAUCUGGACCAGAUGUCACCUGUGCAAAUGCGGGACCUUGAUGGCCCGGAAGGUGAAGUCGGCUUGUUUGCAUGGCCGGUGGAAGUGACUGUCGCAAUGCUGCGUUUGUUCGAGUUUCUUACUCUGACGCCUGUUCUCACCACCGUCGACCUGGAUGCCCAAUGCUUCUCGCAAGAAGUCUCCGAGAACCCAGCCGCACCUCGAAUCGCUCUCGGCAUCUACUACCUCUCGCUGCCCUUGCUAGUGAUGCUGGGCUCAGUCCUGCUGUCCUGGGCAGCAGUGCGAUUGCUGGUCCCGCUGGCGAACCGAAUCGGAUUCUCCUUCAAUGAGGCUGGGCGCCGCCGGCACAAGCGGGCCAAGGCUUUGGAGGAGUUGCUUCGGGCCAUCCAACCCGAGCUGCGCAGUGCCCAAGUAGACCUGUCCUGGGAGGAAAUCGAGGCCUCAAAGGCGCUUUUAAUCCCCGUGGCAGAGCUGGAGAGUGCUGCCGCAGAGCCGGGCGCUUUUCUGCGCAGGGCGGUGGCCGACUCCCCAUCUUUGCUUCUGAGCGCCUGCAAGCUACGCGCCAGGGCCACCGGGGCCGACCUCAAGGCCGCCCAGUGUCUUAGCCCCGUCUUUGCAACAACACUGGACGUUUCUUUGGCGAGGGAGUUGGCCACUGGAGCCUCCGACUUUGCCGGCCUGCUCGACCAAGUGCUGGCAUCCAAUGGUGCCCCCGUCGCCAACAACGUGAUCAUUCACGAUCCGGUCGCCGACGAUGCUAUCACUGAUCACGACUUCGAGAUCAAGAACGAGGACCCGGCCGCCGAGGAUGCUAUCACUGAUCACGACUUCGAAAUCCAGUACGAGGGCCCGGCCGUCGACGAUGCUAUCAUUGAUCACGACGACGAGAUCGAGGACAAGGACCGGAAACAGCCAGACUCCACUACAGAGACCCUGAGAAAGCGGUCCGUGACGAGUGAGACGAAGGUGCGGGAUCUGCGAAACAGCGCGGCUGCCCAGCUCGACAUGGACUAUGAUGUCGACGAGGCUAUGGACAGGUUGGACUUUGGACUUUUCACCCCGAACGCUUCGUUUGGCGAGCUGCUGUACCAGUGCCUGCCCGUCGCAUGGGUGGCUGUCGUCUCGCUGUGGCCUGGGCUGUUGUCCAGCUUCCUGUGCAUGAUUUGGUGUGUCCCCAUCCGGGAGGAGGAUGUCGUCAGCCUUCGCCUCGUCCCGAAUCCGGAUGUGGUCUGCUGGUCCAGCGAGCACUUCCCCUCCGCCGCACUGGCCGUUGCUGGCCUCGUGGUGUGGUGCCUGGGCAUCCCACUGGUUUUGGCUGCAAAGCUGAGUAUGGAAGAUCGCGCGUCUCCGGACAAGCACAGGCAGUUUGGCUACUUUUACCAGGGCCUCGAGCUACAGUACUGGUGGUGGGACAUACUUGUGAAGAGGGCGGACGUCCUCUUGAUGAUGCUCGUCACCUACACCUCCGUCGUCCGUGAGCCGGAAGCCAAGGUACUGCUCUUUCCACUCCUCUCAGGCCUUCAGGCCUUGCUGGCUGCAUGGGUCAAGCCCUAUGCGAACGACCAGGCUCAGGUCCUGGACGUUGUGGAGGUGAUGCUCUCCACAAUCCGCUUUCUGCUUUUCGGCGCUGUGGCUGCAAUGCUCAUUUUGAACACCGAUUCCUUCACCACCCGCAUAGUUGCUUACAUACUCUUCUUGGUACUUCUGCUGGCGUGCGUCUACUUCUUCGCUCACCUUGCUUCUCAGAUGCUGCGGGAUGCAGUCGUGGCCCCGCCCAAGCGAGCAAAGUCGUUGGCGAGGAGAUUGCUGGGUGCGGCGCGACGCUUUGCCCUCAACCUUGUCCUGCCUCUUUUGAGAGAGGAGGCCGAGGCGGAGAUGCUGAGGCUCACAUGGUCUUUUGAAGCCAAUUACGUCAGAACGAGGAAGCGCCCUCGAAGCUUCAGAAAGUCAUUCCGGGAAAUGGGCUCCAACAUGAAGCUUGGUCUUCAGCAGGUGCGAGAUACAGUACUUCGCACGGGGCCGCAGUUCCAGCAUUUGGUGCUCUACAACGCUAACGAGGAGUUCGUAGCUUUCUGGCUACAGCAGCUGAAUCAGGAUGAACUACCUAACCCUGGAGUAAUAUGCUCCUUGGCCACGGCUCAUGCAAGCCUUCCGAGCCUGAUCGCCAGAUAUCGCAUCGGCGGCUUGUGGAUGCAGCAGCUGAAUGCCUUGACAAGCCAAGAAGGGCCCUUCACCUGCACUCCGCCAGACUUGCAGCGGGCCAUUCGGCGCAUGAGCCAGAUGCCGCAAGCCGAUGCCGUGGAGUUGGUUCAGCACGCCAUGGGCCUUUUUGCAGAACAAGCUUUCGUCGACGACUGCCUCGAACUGUGA